CCAGCGAGAGCGAGUGCGAGUGGGCAGCGCGGGCCAGCGAGGGAGUACAGAAAAUAUCUCCCUUGUCAGCUCUCCCUCAUCUCUUCCCGUCCCCCUCCUCUUCCCCAUGCCGCCGCCACUCCCUCCUGGCGGCCUUGUCUCCUCCACCUCUCCUCCACCCCCUCCUCCUUCCUUGCCUCCACACCCGGCUAGCAUGGCCCGACCACGCGAAUCAUCCUCGUCGUCAGGCCGACGGAGAGGAGUGGCGGAUCCACCUCCUCUUGGGCGUCUCGGCCAGAGAAGGAUUUUUUCAGCUAGGCCAGCGGAUGGGGAAUGACGGCGUCCCAGCGGCUCCCGCCCUGCGGCGCCCCUCUCACGCCGCCCGUCUCCGCCUCCUCCCCUGCGUCCUUGCUGCCAUCGGCGGCCUCUGCGCACCCUCGCCUUCGACAUCCCCGUGAUCCCUCUCUCUCCCCGGGAAGCUGGCUUGUGUAAAGAUGCUUUCUACCUACUUGAUGAAAUGCCCCUAUGAACUGAUGCAUGAAUAUAUUUUCUUUUGCAAAUUCAGAGAAGGUAGGUCGUGGUUUCAUUUUCUCUUUACAUGUAGGACAGGGAGACGACGAUCAAGGCCUCGGUGGGAAGUGGUUGUUCUCGUUAGAUGUGUUACACGAGAUCUAACUUAAUAUGGCAGAUUGCUUGAAGUUGCAGAAUCAGCUAAUCUUGGAAUUACCUGAGGACCAAGGUGGUCUUCUGGGUGUCUUUUUACAAAAAAAUUGUGAUGGGGAGACCAAGCGAAGUAUUCAUGAUGCUCUGUGUGUUGCAAGGAAUCUGAUCAUCAACAACUCAAUUGUGUAUGGUGGUGGCUCAGCAGAAAUAUCUUGCUCAAUUGUUGUUGGAGCUGCAGCGGAUCAGCAUCCUGAAGUUGAGCAGUAUGCAAUCAAGGCGUUUGCUGAUGCUUUUGAUCCUAUCCCAAAUCAUCAGCGGAUCGGCAUCCUGAAGUUGAGCAGUACGCAAUCAGGGCGCUUGCUGAUGCUUUGGAUGAAAUGCCCCUAUGAACUGAUGCAUGAAUAUAUUUUCUUUUGCAAAUUCAGAGAAGAUUGCUUGAAGUUGCAGAAUCAGCUAAUCUUGGAAUUACCUGAGGACCAAGGUGGUCUUCUGGGUGUCUUUUUACAAAAAAAUUGUGAUGGGGAGACCAAGCGAAGUAUUCAUGAUGCUCUGUGUGUUGCAAGGAAUCUGAUCAUCAACAACUCAAUUGUGUAUGGUGGUGGCUCGGCAGAAAUAUCUUGCUCAAUUGUUGUUGGAGCUGCAGCGGAUCAGCAUCCUGAAGUUGAGCAGUAUGCAAUCAGGGCGCCUGCUGAUGCUUUGGAUCCUAUUCCGCUAGCUUUAGCUGAAAAUAGUGGUUUGCAGCCUAUUGAUACUCUCACCGUUGUAAAAUCCCAAAAUGUCAAGAGGGUCAAUAUCAAAGGGUCAUAUUUAUCCAGCGGUCCUUCCUGUCGAAAGCAAGAAAAUGUCUUGAAAGAUUGGGCAGUAGCUAGGGAGGGAUUGCUGGAGUGGAAACAGAGCAAGAACCAGAAGCAGCUCAAGAUUUUGCUACUACCUUGCUAAUAGCUUUGUGAGGCUCACAGAGCGAGAGACGAACCUGGGCUGACCGGCACCCUUCUGAAACUGUUGUACGUGGGCAAAUUAACUGAAUUUUAGUUGGGAGAGUUAACGGGAAAGCAUGAGUAUAUCUAUGAUUCUGAUCUGUAUAGAAGAACUACAUAGGAUCAUUUUAUUUUUUUUAUUUUUAAGACACGCAUGAUCAUUUUUCCUAGGCAUUUUGCUGAUAAAAUAAAAACCUGAAACUAAUUUCUAUUUAACAUAAAACUCUAAUAUCUAUACCGUACAUACAUUUUAGAAAUGUAUAUUUGUUCACCAACCAUUUAUUUUCUGCUGAAAUGAAUGGUAAUACUUGGUUUUCAAUUUCCUAAAUCUAUAUUAUUCUUGUGUUGCAAUAUAAUAUAACGAGGCAUGGUCAGCAGGAAACCUAAUUCGCAGUGAACAUGCGCAAAAGAGUUAAAUUUUAGUUCUUCCAUAAUUUUUGUUCUUUUCUUAGAGUUCCUGAGAAUUAUUUGUAGACGGUGUUGUGAUGCUCCAAUACUUGUGUGAUGAUAUUGUUCUGACUGUGCAAUGUCCUAUGAUGACAAAUAUAAAUGCUCUGCUCUAUUUGAUGCUAUAAUUGUUCAUCUUCUCAUGAGGGAGCUGACAGUUGAUUAGUCAUCUUCUCAUGAGGGAGCUGACAAGAUGUCGGAAAGGCGCAGCCUGCUACUCAAGCCCCUCUCCUUCGCUCCUUGCAGAGCAGGAGAGGCACGGGUGCCACCACACUCGAGAGACAGAUGAGGACAUGAAGCUUUCGUGGAGACGACGAGGUGGCCACCGCUGCACCCCCACGCCGUGGAUGCGAAGAUUCCCAUCUCCUCUGCCCUCGAUAACCACUUCGGCGGCGCCGUGAACAGCAGCAAUGGCCUCUUCACGGCAGGCGCAGACCGCAGGGUCGUCUUCCUCUCCGGCCUGUUCCACACCAUCAGAUUCAGGCCCUCUCCCUCUGCAUCUCUGUAAAAAUAUGCUGGCGGCAGAACAAUUUAUCAUGCUUAGCUUGCAAGGUGGUGAUUGCAACCAUGUGAAUGACUCCUUAUGACUCUCAGCAGCAAGACGAUCUGCGGCGACCUAGAGGUUGAUAAACUUAGUUAAGGAACAUAUAGACAUUUGAUUACUUCCUCUCUUAUCAAAGGGGACAGGGAUGCAUAGGUGAUUGUAGUGUUGAAGAUGCAUAGUGGAUAGACAGAUGUAAGUAGUCUCUAGCUUGAUUAUAAUUUUCUUGGUUAUUUCAGUGUAAGGGCUUUCAAAAUUUUCUUCUUCUAGGAAUGAUUGAGUUCACUCUUCUUCAUGAGCCGUUGACUGUUGGCCCUGUGGAAGAGUCCUGUACGUAGAGGGUGGGCUGCAAAUUAUCAAUUCUAUAACUUUCAGACCAUGGCCCCCUUUUUUCACUUUCAUUAUUCCUCCGGCUCAAGUGAUAGCCACAUUAUGAAAGGAGCGAGGGUUGACAACCCGAUCUACAACAGCGACAAUCCAGUCAGCCGCAAUUGAAAAAGUCAGGAUCCCAACAAAGGACCUUCUAGACACUAUGAUGCAGCAGCUUGGCCUUCCAAACGCAGUGUACUCAACACAGAAGGCAAGGACGGUUGGUCUUGACGCAACCAUUCACUAUCCAUCAGAGCACCAAUUGGACAACCGACUUCCAAGGAAAUCAAUAUCCAUCUACGUGUACGGUAAACUCAAAGAAGCUGAAGUUCGACCGGCAACUGAAGCUCUCAAGUAGUCUAAGUGAAGUGAAAGAACUUACUGCAUAAUAGAUACAAACUUCACAGCAAGAUCAGCACCCAAAGCCAACAAUCUGAAACAUAUUUUGUCACAGAUAAGAUAUGUUGCUGAUUGUCUUAAUGAUAUAAGUUUACAAUCAGAAGCCGUUAUACAGAAAACAAACAAGUAUUAUUGGAGCCUGGAUGAUGACAUCGAAGGAAUUUCUGCUUUGAGCAAUGCAGGCCAUGAAGAACAACAACUAUAAAGACUUGCCACAAAGAAAUUGUUCUAAACAUCCAACGAUACAUGUGUCUAACAUAGCUCUUUCUAUCUACAUGCCUUGCUCAUAAUAUUGUAAAUGAUCGUUCGUAAGCUUAUUAGAAAACAUGUAUCAUCAGCAACCAUCUAUCUAUCAUCAAUUCAUACUUAUUUCCAAGUGUUU